AACGGUCAAAUAGCAAUAAAGACACGUCAUUUUUGUCACACGUCAGAAAUUGUUAUUUUUGAGGUUAUAUCAAUAUAACAAAAAUUGUAUUUAUUAAGAAAUCUAUGAAUUUCGUUCGUAUUAUAACAGUGUGAUGAUUAGUUCUAAAGUUUUGCUGCUUUUAGUUGUAAUCGACCAGGUUCUAAGUGAUGAAAAUAUUGCUUUAGUGCAGUACUCAAAUCCGUUUCACGAGUUAGUUCUAUGUCGAAAUUGCGGAAAUGAAAUAUGUAAAACAAACCACAUCAUCUCAAAAUCCAGCCCCAUGUCUCGUCAUAGCUUUUAUGACAAAGUGUUUUUCAAUCAGGAUAUCUUGGUUCAGAAAUUCUUAAGCGGUUUAUUUUUUGAAUAUCCUUUAAUAACUACAACGGAAUCAACUUGUAAAGGUGUUGGCGAGUGGGAAGAAAGCUCUUGGUUUCCUGGAUACGAGUCGAGGCUCUGCGUUUGUCCCGAGUGCGGGAUAUAUGUUGGAUGGGUGUUUCGACCCAUAGAUUUAAGGCUACAUAGUUCUGAAGCCUUUUAUGGUUUAAUCUUACCAUAUAUUAUUGGAGAAAGUUUUGCUGAUUCCCUAAUAAUAUACCCAAAAACACAGAACUAAAAAUGACUUCAACUGAAAAUUUAUCAGAUCAAGACAAAGACUUCUUGGCUAAGUGUGAAGAGGAAUUUAAAGACAGAUACACUGAUAAAGAUGAAGAAUUCAUGAAAGUAUUUAAUGCUGAACCCUCUAUUCCUCCCAUAAUUAAGUCCUGGUGGGUGCCUCAAAACUCGGGUCGAAGAAACGAUCGUCGUAAUAACAGGCGUCAUCAUCCGUACGAACGCCACAACAGGGACUAUGACCGACGAGAACAAAGUGACAGGA